AUGCUUCGUCCCUUCAUUCCAUUUCUCCUCAUACUUCUAUGGAGAUGUGAAGCCCGUCCACAACAAGGCGAUCAACAGCCCAUUCCAAUUUCAAAGUGAGUUAUGAGAACAGAAAGUGUGGUGGGAAAGGAAAGCAUUUCAGAGAUUCAACGCCUGGACGGCCGGUUUACAAGCAUGUUCCGAGUGAGUUUGCUCGAGCAAACGUGGAGCAGACGACGCAGAAACCGAGAAGAAGGCACAGGUAGCACUUUUCUGUUUUAAUUGGUGAAGUACGUUUUCAGACACCGUCGACCGACCUACGAUGAUGCGUACGAAAAGCAGAUGGAGCAAUGGAGAGAGCAGAGAAGGGAGGCGGAUAAGGCGAGGAAGGCACAGUACGAUCAGUACUACCAACAGUAUUUCGAUCGAAUGAGACAGUACGCAGUGAAUGUGCACGUCAAUCGGUUUGGAUUCCGACAAAGAUUAGAUGUUCAUUUGAUGCUUCAGAUACGGUCAACUUCUGAAACAACAGGAAGAUGAAAAGGUUAGAUUUGCGAAGAACAUGGAAGAGUUUGGAUUGAGAAGCUCUGCGCUGGGAGUCGAUCGGGCGGACACCGACGGAAGCGAAGUGCAGAGAAGGCCAAGGUUGAUCGUGACAUCCGAAUAUAGGGAUUCUAGAAGUUGUUUCAGCUCUCCAUUCGGAGGAAUCACAGAAAAGUCUCAACUGGAUCAAACAAGGGCAAAGGCAGCUGAUGUGCGUGGAGUCAUGAUGAAAAGACCGCCAUCGGCUGUGGAGCCACGGCCCGAAGACAUUGAUGUUCACCGGAAGGCUCUUCAUCUGGAAGCACUGUGCAAUCGGUUCUUGCCGACGGUCAGAAAGCAUUGCUUCGGAGGAAACAAGACGGAUGACAAGUACGGGAGCAAGUGCAAGGGAUACUUCCACGUAAGCUCGCUUUCCAAUCGAACCCUUCCCCAUUUCCCUAAUACCUUAGGACUGUCAACGAUUCCUCCCAAAGUCGGACCCUCUUUAUAACAUUGCCUACGCUUUCGACUCGAACGUCGGACUAAAUCUGGGAACGUGGGAUGUCAAGGGAAUCCCAUACUAUCCGAUCAACGAAGAAGGAGCGAUUGGAGCAGGCAGACAAAUGAACAUUCCGUUCGGAUCCUGGGGAGGAGGCUAUUCCGAUCACAUCGGAGUCAGAGAUUACUGGUCUCAGUACCAGGAGAUCGGCGCGAAUUGGUACGAAGGAAAGUACGGAUACAAGUCGGGAUGGAGUGUUCCACUCGUCCAAUCGCUUGGAAUCGAGGGAGACACCCAUGCUGUCGUGAGUCAAACAUUCUCCAUUUUAGCCCAAUGAUCAUUUCCAGGUGAGUGUCCCUCUGAAGCCAGGAGAAGCCGGAAAGCCGAUUGGAGUGGACGUGGGCGGAGGCGUCGGUCCAUACUACCAACAGAAUCAGCACGUCGGCGUCGACUACCUGAACGGACAAGUGGGAACGAACCUCGGAGUCGGAGUGCCGAUGGCCGGAGUCGCAGUGAACACGGGAGUGGGCGUGACUUUCCCCGGAGUCAAUGAUAUUCUCGGAAAGAAGAAGAAAAAGUAA